GCCAGUGAAAGUAAUUUCCAAAAACAAUUUAUUGAUAUUCUGUGUACUAAUUGAUUGAUUCCAUAGAAAACAAUGAAAAAAAUAAACAAAAAAUCAUUAACCUUGAAGUAGCCAUUUUUAACAACAAUACAAAAAAUAUUUGAAAAAUAAUGGUUAAAAGGCGAUUUCACAAAAAAAAUUCGCAAACGUCCAGUGAUGAAAGCGAUAGUGAUGAUUUUUAUGAGGAAGAAUCCAUGUCUGAAGCUCAACCCAAAAAAUAUAGCUUACGACAAAGGAAAGAAGCAAAUUUCGCCAAAGACUUUGAUUAUGAUAUCGUUGAAGACUAUGAUACCAAUGUCGUUUCUGGUAGCGAAGUAUUACGUUCUGAUGAUGAUGACUUCGGUUUGAAUAAUGGGACAAAAAAAAAAUCAGCACUAGAUAACAAAUCGAAAACUUCAUCUAAAAGCUUGAAAGCUGUGGACAACGGCGGUAUUUCAAAUUGCAUAAUAACUAAAUGUAAAGAUAGGGAACUAGAACCAGAAAUUCCUAAAGAUAAACAAAGUUCGGCUGAUAUGAUCGACUUUGAAGAUGUUAUAAGAGCUGAUGUUCUUGUAAAUAAAAGUAGAAUUGAUUAUGAUACUAUUAUUGAAAAAACAGAGAUCAAAAUUGAAAAAAAAGAGUCUGAGGAGGUAUCAAAUAUUAGCAAAAAAGAAAAAACAUUUAAAUUAAAAGCCAAUGGAGAACCAGCAAAGAAAAGAGGCCGUAAGCCCAAAAAGAAAUUAGAAGUAUUGCAAACACCAACCUAUAAGAAAAGAAAAUUUGAAGAAAAUGUUUAUGAGACAUUCACUAAUGAAACUACAGGUUUGCCUAUAAAUAGUGUUCUUGGAAUGACAGAAUCCCUGUAUGAAUUAGCUGAAAGAUACCAUUUGCAAGGUGGCAUAAUGGUAGAUGAAAUGGAACCCUUGCCAUUAGAACCAAUAUUGAAUGAAAACGUGUCAGAAACCUCUAAAAAUGUAUACCUUGGAGGUAACAAUGAAGUUCCUUUACAACAAUCAGACGCUGCUGCGUCAGAGGCUAUAGAAACUUUCUAAUUGUUUAGAAAUAUAAUACUUCAGCUUUAAUAAUAUAUUUUUUAUUUGAAUUACAUUCUAAAAAUGUAGUUUUCUAUAAUUUGUGAUAAAGAUUUCCAAAAGUGCAGAUUUUCUGAGAUAUAUAUGAAUUUUGUUGAAAUUGAAUUUUCAAUCAUGAAAUUGUAUGUAGGAUUGUAUUUUGAGUUGAAAUAUUUGAAAUUAAAAUAUUAUUUUCUUCA